AUGGAUAAAGGCAAGUAUAGACAUUCGAUUGGAGGGCGUAUACUACCGUAUGAUCCCGGUCAAGAGAAAUAUGACAAUGAUCCGUAUCGAGGACAGCGUCGACGUCCGUGGCUUACAUUUCGUGUCGGACAACACACUGUUGAGUGUCAAAACAAAAUCCUCGUAAAUUACAUCAAACGAGUUAGACAUUGCUUCUUCGAACGCGGUUUUCUUAUGGACGAGCCGGAAAAUUAUUUGAUGUAUCGAAUUGAUCUGAAUGAUGACAUAGACGAUCUGGAAGAACUCGAAAGAGAGUUGCACGACGCUUUGGAAAUUGCAAAUACCCAAUACGAACCAGGUUUAUUAUCCGUUCCAAUUGGAAUUUGGUUUUCAGAUAUUAGCAGUGACCGCGAUUACAACUCUAUUUCAUUUUUAGAUGGAAUUUUCCUUAAAUAUUCCAAUCGAAUUAAUUUUAUGAAGAUUGAAAUCAAAGAAGUUUUAGCGCAGAUCUACAGCAACAGAUACGACGUUUUGAAUAAAUGGUGUCAGCAAAUGAUUCGAAUGAUUUCUGAGCAAGAGAAUAUUCCGCAGAGCAUUGCUAUCAAGACACCAAUCGAAAAACGAGCACUCUGCGCCGAUUUGCGAAGUCAGCAGUCAUAUUCAAAACAAAACGCACUCCGAAAUGAGAAAAAAGUAAAACCUGGAAAACAGAGACCGCCUGAUCAUAAAAUUAGUCCACAAGAUGUCGAAGAUGCUCUCAAAACUGCAAAUAUCACCAUGAAGAGUUUAACAUUUGGUAAAUUAAUGAAAAAUGACAACGACUUGAAUAAUGCGUGGAAUCUGUUUUUGAUGAAUCAACGAAAAAUACUUGAAGAAGAUUACGAAAGAUGCGGCGUGUUACAGAAGGAUUACGAUACUUUUGUUAUGCAGCGUCAUUCAGUCAAAAAAUAUUUCGUCGAUUCUUAUGCUUACUAUAAUCACCAAAAUUUCGAAAUAUCUGAAGACGAUUCUGAAAAUGAGAACGUAACAAGCAAUCGGUAUUUUGAAGGAGACUAUCAUUCAUAUACAGAGCCACACGUAGACAGCCAGAUUGAUGACGAUGAAUUCCAUUACGAAUCGGAUCGACAUCAUGAGGGAUUUUCGAACAGUAGCAGUUACUGUUAUCGUGCCGAAAAACAACGCGAUGCGUACUUGGCCGCUUAUGAUGAACGACAACGCGGUGGUGAGAUAUGGGAGCGUUGUGAGCUCGUUGAUCCGAAAGAAAGUUUUCGAAAAAUGUCGACAAUUCCCACUCUCAAGGACUUUGUAAAUCCCGAAGAACCAUAUUUGAGACGAAUUCGAGAAGAUGGGUUAUAUCAUUCAAGCGAGCAUUACUUGGAUGUCCAAUUUCGAUUACUUCGUGAGGAUCUUGUUAGCCCUAUGCGCGAUGGUAUUGAUUUAUAUAAGAGAACAGGAACUCACCAGAAUAAUCGAAUUCCGAAUACGCUCAACUCCGAUAUUAAAUUGUACAACAUUUUAAGUAUUGAGAAAAAACAGGUGUCUGAAAAAUGCGGAUUAUGGAAACGAAAUGCAUUUUUAACGCCUAGUGAGUUUCAAAUUUUUAUCGAAUCGAAUGUUAAAAUGGGAGGAUUGGUGUUGAUCUCAUCUGAUCGUUUCGUGAACGAUGUACAUCUUGUAGAAAUUGAAGAUGUUAAUGAGGCGAAAUUAAUGAUCUCAAUGUUAAUGCGAGAAGAGAAUCCUAAAAGUCCAAUCGAGCAGAACAAAGGUUAUGUGAUGGCUGAAGCAGUUAGCUACUUUCCUUCGUAUCGGUUUGUACUUGAUACUAUGCAGAAAAUUAACCCAUUUGUGCCGUUACCAUUUGAGCGAUAUAUUGUACAUGGAAAACGUAAUAUCUAUCGGCCAUUUUACCAGAAACAAGAGAAAUCUGAAGAACAAAUCAAAGAGGAAGAAAUGAUUUCGGCAGUUUACGAAGUGUUGAGAGCUGAUGCGGUUGAACGACGCAAAUCGGAAGGAAAGACUGCGGGAAACAUUGAUGAAAAGGAACAAAAAGAGAAGCCAGAAAAAGCUGGUGUCUUUUCUUGUAAUAAAAACAAAAAAACGAUUAAAAAAUCUAAAGAGAAUGAGUUGUUAGCCGAUGACGAUAUUGAAGGACAUCAACUUCUAGUUCCAAUUCACAAAGUUUCUUUUGGAGCAACAAAUGCCGAAAAAGGAAACAAGAUCUUCAUUGAUGGUCAGUUGUUCGAAGUAUCAAAACUUCUCGAUACAUUCAAACCUGAUUAUCUUGAUGAAAGCCAACGAGUUGCAUUCUGUAAUACGUUCAAUCGCGAACUUUCGUUGAUUCAGGGACCUCCUGGAACAGGAAAGACACAUAUUGCUGUUCAAAUCGUUAAAACUAUUCUUCUGAAUCGCAACAAUUGGCAAAUUACUACACCAAUCGUCGUUUGUUCCUACACAAACGAUGCUCUUGACCAAUUUUUGCAGAAAAUUUAUGAAAUGAUGGGUGAUCUUCCGUCUGAUAUAUGCAAUGAUGAGAAACCAAAAAUGAUUCGAUUCGGCAGUAAAUCACGAUCGAUGUUUCUAGAAAACGAAAUUCUUUCCUACGAUUACAUUGCUCAAAUGAUGGACCCGAUAUUAGCAGCGCAAUUAAUCAAAUUUCAAAGUACUCAUUGUGACUCGAGAAAUAUCGUAUUAUCUCCAGAUGAAGCUCUUGCUUGUUGGCUUCUCGACGAAACGUAUAUGGAGAUUGGAGCGAAAAAGUCGAAAUAUGAUACUGUCCCAUCUGUAUUGGUGGAGGAAGAAAACCGGAAAGAGAUGAAUGAUGAGUACGAGGAUUUGAAAGCUUCUGAACUUGAUGAUGAACUACUCGACAAAAUCUUAGAACGUUUAAACUUAAAUUCGUCUACCAAAAAUAUUCUGGAUGAAGUCGAUAAAAUCUACCGCGAAACUGAAUAUCACACAAAUUCUCCUUGGGAUAUUGUGACGUCACCCAAAAUGAGCCGCCCAAAGACAGUAAUUAUGUUUGGAGACAACAGGAAAAAUCGCAAAUCGGUUUCAUUUGGAUCGGUGGAUCCCGAAAUCGUGUCGAAAAUUGAAAGAAUUAAGAUAAUGAUUCUGGAAACUCCGCCGUUGACGAAUGAAGAAUUCUCCGACAUCAAAGACAUAUUCAGUUUGGAAAGACCAAAACGAUGGGCUCUUUUUAUGAAUUGGCAGUGUCGAGCGGCAACCGCAUUUGCUGACAAUCUACCGUCUUCUGUUGAAAAGUUUCGUAUGGCGUGUGAAGAAAAAAGGAAAGCAUUCGAUGAGCACGACGCAUUCUUUGCUUCGAGAAGUUUAGUUAUUGGCGCGACCACAACUGCGUGUUCAAGACUUCGCAACAUGUUGGAGAUUGUGGAGCCGAAUGUGCUUGUUGUCGAAGAAGCGGCAAAAAUUUUCGAAGGUCAUGUGUUUUCGGCUCUUGUACCUUCGCUUGAUCAUUUGAUCAUGAUUGGAGAUCACGAGCAGCUCAGGCCCAUUCCAGCUGUCUAUGAAUUGGGAACUAGUUACGGAUUAGACAUUUCUCUCUUUGAAAGACUCGUAGAAAGAGGAUUCCCAUAUUCACAGCUUCAACAUCAGCAUCGAAUGAAUGUGGAUAUUAUGAAUGUAAUUGUUCGUCCUUCAUUCUAUCCAAAUGUUUCGGACGCAUCAAACGUGUAUGAAUAUCCGGCAGUCAGAGGCAUGGCAGAUAAUUUAUAUUUCUGGUCUCACCAAUGUCAAGAAUCCACAAAUGACAAGUCAUCGUUUAUCAAUUAUGGAGAAGUUGAAAUGAUUACUGAACUUGUUAAACAUCUUCUGAAGCAAGCUUAUGAGCCAUCUGAGAUCACCGUACUCGCAACCUAUUCUGCUCAAAAAGAUGUUAUGUCACAAAUGUUUUUGUCAAUAUUCGGAGGAACAGUAGAGGAACCUAAUAUCAAUGUCGCGACUGUAGAUAGUUUUCAAGGAUGGGAAAACAGAAUUGUGAUUUUGAGUUUGGUUCGAUCAUUCGAUGCAAACAAAAUUCCCGGAAUUGGGUUCCUCUCUUUCCAGAAACGCAUCUGCGUGGCAUUGACGAGAGCUCAACAUGGAAUGUACAUUGUUGGCAACGGACAUUAUUUGAUGGAUAAUUCGCGUCUUUGGAAAGAAAUUUGCAAUAAUUUAUCAGCGAACAAUCUAAUUAAUACUUUCAUUCGCUUAAAAUGUCCAACACAUAAUCGCGUUAUGAUAAUCAGAGAACCGAACGAUUUUCAAAAAUAUUCUCCUGAUGGCGGUUGUUCAGAAAAAUGUGAUGUGGUCAAACCAUGCGGGCAUGUUUGCGAAAAAAUGUGUCAUCCACAAAGCGAAGCUGAGCAUGCAAACCCUUGCUAUUUGAAAUGCUUGAAAACGUGUUCGAAUGCGGAAUAUAAGCAUCCCUGCCAGAAAAAAUGCUACGAGAAAUGUGGCUCAUGUUCGGAAAACGUCGAAUUGAGACUCGACUGUGGGCAUCGUAUCACGACGAUUUGCUCGAAAGUAAACGGCACAGAAUGUGAUCAGCAGUGCGAGAAAGUGCUGAAAUGCGGUCAUCGGUGUACAAAUACGUGUGGAAUGGAUUGCACUAUUCCAGAAGAAUGCAAAGUUGUUGUCGACUUUCGUUUAGAAUGUGGACAUGUUCGUAAGAUAAAAUGCAGCGAUGCAACGAGUCGAAACAAAAUCAAUUGUGUUGAACCAUGCCAACUUGUUCAUGUAACCCUGCCGUGUAAACACAAGAUCUCUGUAGAAUGUUUCAAAUACGACUUGGAUCUUGGAGAUGAGCAGUUUAGAAAUGCCAUAUGCACGACUUUAUUGGACAAAACAUUUGCACCGUGUGGUCAUCAUGGAAAAAUUCGUUGCGGUGAAAUGGCAACUUCGGAAAAAUGUAUCGAGGAAUGUGAAUCAAUUCUGGAAAAAUGUGGACAUCAAUGUCGAAAUGAGUGUGGAAAAUGCUAUUCUGAAGAAAAACAUACCUGUCAUGCGAAGUGUGAGAAGAAGCUUCCUUGCGGUCAUAAUUGCACUGAAAUUUGUGGUGUCGAGUGCGCUAAAUGUUCCGCCUACUGUAUGACUGGAUGUGCUCAUGUAAAGUGUGGUCUUGGAAAUAAUGGCCUCGGACGAAAAUGUUCCGAGUUGUGUAUUUUGUGUACAAAACCAUGUGGAAAUGUGUGUCCGCAUCGCAAUUGCUCGAAAUUAUGCUUCGAGCUGUGUGAUGUUCCAAUUUGCAACGAACCAUGCUCGAAAAUACUCAAAAAUUGCUCGCACGUUUGCUUAGGAAUGUGUGGAGAAGUUUGUCCAAAAAUUUGCGGAUCGUGCAAUCGAAAAGCUUACGACGAAUGUAUUUCGAUGCGAAAAUCAGGAAAGUUCUCUAGACUUAUCAUGCUUCCCAAUUGCGAACAUGUCUUCCCGUUAGCGUUCCUUGACGAGUACGUAGAAGAACACAUCAACAAAAAGUGCUAUCCAGUAUGCCCGAAGCCGAAUUGCUCGAAGCCAAUUAAUAAUGUGAAUCGAUACAUGAGAAUUAUUAAUAAGAUCGUGUUUACUAAAAAUUUGGAUCUAUCCCCAACAUCAAAUGAGCCUCAAGUUUAUCAAGAUUCGUUGAGAGAGGUUCAAAAAGCGUGUAACAUCUUGCCGAAUGUAAACAAGAUGAUUCAACGACCACCUAAGGAUGUGUGCAUCUUUUUGGAUUCAUUGCGACAAUUAUUGAAAGAUCUAGAUAAACGUGUCCAUCAACAACUGGCAAUUGCGACCAGUAAAUCUGUUGCCAAUUUCUACUUUGAUUUCGCCAGAGUUCUAUUUACUUUCGCGAAACUUGCAUCGUUCAAUAUUUUGCUUCAUGGAAAAAUAUGCUUGACAAAUUUACCGCCACAGUUGGAUAUGUUACUGAAAAAUGUGUUUGGGAAUAUUGCCAAUCUUCCCAAGCUAUUUGAAACGAUAAAAUUCCUUUCAAGAUAUGAAAUGAGCGGAGCUUUGCUACCAACCGUCCGUUUUGAAAUCUGCAAAAUUGUCGCCCGUUAUCAGCUCCUCCAAAUGAUUUCUUAUUUGAUCGAAACAAAAAAUGAUAUCUCUACCUCAUUUGAUCGUGCUUUGUCUUCUAGUCUUAAUGCGUUCCUCAAAGAAUCGAUCAGUAAUGAUUUCGUAUCCAAAUUAGAAAACAUUGAACAAUUGGUUUUACGCGAAUAUCCGAAAAUUUCGUUGUUGAAAUGGAAGGACCUCAAAAUGCCAGAUUUUUAA